UUUAUGGAGUGAAAAAUAUUAAAAAAAUAAUUAAAUAAACCCUUAAAAAAUUUAAAAAGAGCCCUUAAUGUUUGUGAAAAGUAUGGAUAAUCCUUUAUCGUCAUCCUUGAAUGGUGGUGAUUUAGACUCAACAAGUUCCGGCGGUGCCUCAUCGGAAAAUUCACCAAUUAAUCAGGAUAAUAUGCAUUCGCCCAUUUCAUAUGGUGCCCUAUUUCUGCCGAAUUCGGGUUAUCGCGGCAACAUAUCCUGUAAAACGGUACUGCACUUGGAUAAAUUCUCUCCCUAUGCCAAUGAUAAAGAGCUGGAUCGUCGAUUUCAUGAUAUAACCAGUGAUUACGAUAAAUCUCCACCGCCCACAGCCACCACAUCGCCGGUAUAUCCAAAUUCGGCAAUAAAUAAUAUGAUUUUUGAAAAUGCAAUAGGUUCGACAGGGGUUAUACCACCACCUCCAGCGCCAACCCAAAGUGAUCUCAAUGGCAAUACAAAGGCCUUAAGUUUGACGGGCAGUCAUCAUCAAAUGAAUCUCAAUACAACAACCGGCAAUAGUGGGAAUUUACAACACCAACAGCAGCAACAACAACAGCAAUCGGAUCCCUUGACUUCGUUAAAUCGUGGUCUAAAUGGUUCCGGAGGUCUACUUUCAAAUAUCACGGGGUCUCACAACAGUGUUGGAAAUAUACAAAUGGAUCGGAAAUUUUUACAAUUUACUACAGAUCAGAUCCAAUGCAUGUGUGAAGCCCUCCAGCAAAAAGGUGACAUUGAAAAACUAACCACCUUUCUGUGCAAUCUACCCGCCUCGGAACUGUUCAAGAACAACGAAAGUGUCCUGCGAGCACGUGCCAUCGUUGCAUAUCAUCGUGGCCAAUUCCAUGAGGUCUACAAUUUGCUCGAAUCACAUUGUUUCUCCAUUAAAUAUCAUGCUGAUUUGCAAAAUCUUUGGUUUAAAGCCCACUACAAGGAAGCGGAAAAGGUACGCGGUCGUCCUCUGGGUGCUGUGGAUAAAUAUCGGUUGCGCAAAAAAUAUCCUCUACCCAAAACGAUAUGGGAUGGUGAAGAGACGGUCUAUUGUUUUAAGGAAAAGUCUCGCAAUGCACUGAAAGAUUGUUAUUUGACAAAUCGUUAUCCAACGCCGGAUGAGAAGAAAACGCUAGCCCAGAAGACAGGGCUGACAUUGACACAGGUCUCGAAUUGGUUUAAGAAUCGACGACAAAGGGAUCGAACGCCGCAACAGAGAUCUGACAUCAUGUCUGUGCUGCCUGUCAAUCAUCAAUUGGAUCCGAACGGUUUUCCACGCAUGUUCAAUGCGCCCAGCUAUUAUCCCGAGACCAUUUUCAAUGGACAAUAACAUUAGGUAUUUGGAUAUGAAACGAAGUAUUAGCUCAAAAAAAUGAUGAGGAGAAGAAAUUUUGCGAGGUUUAAAGUUUGAAAAAUUGGAACAAAAUUGAAAUAAGAACUCAAAGCAAGGUCACUAGGAUGCAGAAGAGAGAGUGAGAGAGACAGACACUGGAUUCCAUUGUCUCGUUCGUAAAGUACAAAUCGAAGUAUUAGGAAAAAAUCGGCGCGGUUUUGAGAAUACCUCCUUAACAUUUGAUGACCAAAAUUUGUCAUUUAUAAAAUUUAAUUUUUGUGAACAAAAUUAAAAGGAAAAAUCUCGCCAGAAUCCUAGGACCUCCAGCAUGUUUAUAUGGAGUUACGGCACGAUUAAGGUAGCUGUUGUGGGUCCUUUAAAAAAAUCUUAAAAAUUAAUUUUUUAAACCCUCGCUUGAAUUUUUUUAGAAAAUUCACUCUUGAAAAUUGUUUACUUUUAACCCAUGCUUGAAAAAUAUUCUU